CAAUAGCUACAAGCUUUCAUCUUUCAAACACGAAAGCAAAGCAAGCACGUUCUUCUCGCCCCUCUUUCCUGUUCCCUUCAAAAUCUCUUCUUCUUUUCGUCCUUAUUUUUCAGUUUCCUUUCCGUUUCUAUCUUUUCCUUUGCCGUUGAACUUGAUUGAUCUUCCUCUUUCAUCCUCUUCUUUCUGCUUUUUACCCAUCGUCAACACUCCUUAUCUUUACUUCACAGGAGGCUCACGGUUAAUCCAUCCACACGAAAAAGAAGAUAUAUGUUUUCGUUUGAAUCCUGAAAACCCCAACACACACAGCUCAGAUUUGCUGCCAAUUUUUCUUCUUUCUCUCUCUCUCUGUGUUUCGACGGAUUAAUCAAAGAAAAUGCCAUCUCAGAUCUUGCCCAUCACAAAUCGACCUUCGUACUCUUCGUCUGCUUCCGCUGCCGCAAUGUUAAUUAAAACCGCGGAUGAUGACCCAUCUACGAGUCUCCUCGUUUCUUCUCGAUUUGAAGACGACAGUGUUGCAGCCAUUAAGCCCCUUCUCUCCCGCUCUCCCAGCUUAUCUUCUACUUCCAGUAAUUCGAUGGGCGGUAAUGCAAACAUUCACCAGAAACGGCGUCGCCGUUCCGCAAGUGAGAACUCCUUGUCGUCUUCCUCCAGCGGCGAUAGUCGCCGAUCUUCGUUGGGCCAGGAUGUUAGCCAUGUUGCUUCGGAGACCUUUUUAGUCACUCGCCUGGGUUUGAAGUUGUUACGAUAUCUUGGGGUAGGCUAUAGAUGGAUUACAAGAUUUCUUGCUCUUGGUUGUUAUUCAAUGCUGCUUUUCCCAGGCUUUGUUCAAGUUGGAUUUUACUAUUUCUUCUCCAGACAUGUACGCAGAAGUAUAGUCUAUGGAGAUAAACCACGGAAUAGACUUGACUUGUAUUUACCCAAAAAUAAUGAUGGUCCAAAGCCAGUUGUUGCCUUUAUUACUGGUGGAGCCUGGAUUAUUGGUUACAAAGCAUGGGGAUCUCUUUUAGGCCAACAGUUGUCAGAGAGGGAUAUCAUGGUGGCAUGCAUAGAUUACAGAAAUUUUCCUCAGGGAACCAUGAGUGAUAUGAUAGAGGAUGCUUCUCAAGGUAUCUCAUUUGUAUGCAACAACAUUGCAGAAUAUGGAGGUGAUCCUAACAAGAUUUUCCUAAUGGGGCAGUCAGCAGGCGCACAUAUUGCUGCUUGUGCUCUCGUGGAGCAGGCAAUCAAAGAGGCUGGUGAAGGAGAGAGUAGCACUUGGAGCGUCUCCCAGAUCAAAGCUUAUUUUGGUUUAUCUGGAGGGUACAAUUUGCUUAGCCUAGUAGAUUAUUUCCACAGUAGAGGUCUUUAUCGUUCCAUCUUUCUAAGCAUAAUGGAAGGGGAGGAAUCCCUGAGGCAGUUUUCUCCUGAAUUAAGGAUCCAAGAGCCAAACGUUGCAAAUGCUGCUUCUCUCCUACCUCCUAUAGUUCUUUUUCAUGGUACUGGGGAUUAUUCCAUACCAUCAGAUGCCAGCACAUCCUUUGCCGAAACUCUUCAAAGACUUGGAGUUAAAGCUGAAGCAGUUUUAUAUGAAGGAAAAACUCAUACCGACUUGUUUCUUCAGGAUCCAAUGAGAGGGGGUGAAGAUGACAUGUUUAGGGAUUUAGUGGGGUAUAUCCAUGCUGAUGAUGCAGAGGCACGUGCCAGAGAUGAAGCAGCUCCUCCAAGGAGACGCCUUGUCCCAGAAUGCAUGAUCCAAUUGGCUCGUAGAGUUAGUCCUUUCUAAUAUCAUCAUCCUAAUUGGUAUGUGAAAUUUGUUCUGUACAUAACAUCAUAUAUUUUAGGCCUCUCUAUAGGCUUAGAACACUCUUCCCAGCUCAUAGUCAAUAACCCCUUUCUUCUCAUAUUUGAGGCCAGAACAUUUUAUACCCUGUAAGAAUCAAAUUUUGUGCUCAAAUUUCUGUCUACAAUAUAUCCCUGAGGAAAAAAUCCUGACCAACA